AUGCCGUUAGAUGUUAAUUCAAACUUACGCAAACUCAUCAGUCUUGUUGAUGACUUGCGUGAUGUUGGAUUACAUAAGUAUAUAAAUUUGCCCAGGAUCUGUGUAGCGGGGACCCAAAGCAGCGGGAAAAGCAGUGUUCUGGAGAGCAUCGUAGGUAUAGAUUUCCUUCCUAGAGGGGAUGGAAUAGUAACCAGAAGACCUAUCGAGUUUCGCUUAAACAGGCUUAAGCCUUCAUCACCUGAGGAUAAAUGUAAACCCUACAUAGUGUUUGAAGGCAAUGAUGAACGUUUUUACGACUUUGAGAAGGCUCGAAAUCACAUUCAACAACUGACAAACGAAAGAGCAGGAGAUAAGAAAGGAAUUGUAGAUGACCCUAUUGUACUUUCAGUUUUCUCUCCAGAUUGUCCAGAUCUUUCAUUAAUUGAUCUCCCCGGAGUGACUAGAGUACCUUUAAAGAACAGUGAUCAGACAGACGAUAUCGAGAUGUUGACCAAGGACAUGAUCAUGCGCUACGCCUCGGACCCGCGCACAAUCAUCCUUGCAGUGGUGGCUGCAAACGUUGAUAUGUCAACGAGCGAUGCACUUCAGUUGGCAAAAAGAGCAGAUCCACUGGGUGUGAGAACUCUUGGUGUUAUUACUAAGAUCGAUUUAAUGGAUCAGGGAGCAAGCGCACUUUCGAUGCUUCAAAAUGAUGAAGUGCCAUUAAGACUAGGGUACACAGGAGUUAAAAACAGGUCACAAAAGGAUAUCUCAGAUGGAGUAACGAUAAAGCAAGCAAUAGAAAAUGAGACCAAGUUUUUUAAUGAGCACAAAUUAUAUCGUACUCUGAACCCAAGCCUUUGGGGGAUAGGCUCACUCGUUGAUAAAUUGACAAAUGUUUUGCUAAGACACAUUUCGACAGUUUUACCGGAACUUAAGCUUGAGGUUUCUACAAGGCUUAAGACCGUCAGAGAUAGGCUGGAACAGAUGGGAGAUAAGGCACCAACUGACCCGAAGGAGCGCAUCGAGCUUUUGUGGCAGUUGAUCAGUGAAUUUUGCGAAAUGUUCAGCGGUACAAUAAAGGGACGUUUCGUAAGCAGACUCCACGAAUUUCUCGACGCAGACGCAGUUUCAAGCGUCCAAAUAAGGGGAAUAUUCAACGACCUCCUGGACCACUUCAUGACAGUGGACGUCUUUGACAAGGUUUCAGACCUUGAAAUCGACCAGGCAAUAAGAAUCCACGAAGGAGAUUCGCUUCCAGGAUUCCCAUCACCAGAUACAUUUGAAUACCUAAUGCUACCACAAUUACAGAAAAUAGUGCCAUCAGUUCAAGACUGUUUAGAUAAAGUGCAUAUGACAUUGGAGCUGUUGAGUUUUAAAGUGGCUGAGAAAGUUUUUGGACGCUUUCCCUCACUGUGUGUGAGGGUCCAAAGCCUGAGUCAGCAACUUUUCAACGAAGAAAAGGAGAAAACACGCGAGAUUCUAGACCAAUACAUUGAAAGCGAAACGCUGUACAUAUUCACAAACGACUCAAAGUAUAUGAUUGAGAAGGAGGAAAAACAACCAGAAGAAAAUCAAACCUAUUUAGACAAGGCAACACAGAUGAGUCAAUCAACAGUUAACGCAGUCUCUACAACAAUUGAUAAUUUCAGAGGAAGAAAGACCAGAUACAGUCCCGCAUUCAUUCAGGAGUUCAGAAGACGCCUCAACGUCUACUUCUCAAUAGUACUUAGAAAUGUACGAGACUCAGUUCCAAAGAUAGUCGGCCAUUUCCUAGUCAGAAAGAGUCAGAAGAAUAUGCAUUAUAAGAUAUAUACUCAACUUAGUCAGCAAGAGGACCUUGAGCAACUCUUUGGUGAGCCAGACCACGUUGCACAUGAACGCCAAAUACUCAAGGAACAAGCUUCAGUGCUCGCGAAGGCAAUUAGUAUAAUUAACAAAGAUUUCUCUAAAGGAAAUGAUUUCGACCAGAGUCUAGAAAGAGAUAUUAUUACAUCAUCAGCAUCAUAUGCCUCAGUAUUGUAUAAAAAUAAGACUUUGGCAAACACAACUAGUAUUUCAACAGCACCCUCAAUCCAAAACUCAGUUGAAAACGUGACAAAAGGAAGAUUUGAUGGUGUUACAGAUAAUGUAAAAGGGGUGGAGGAGGCUGGAAAGAGUAAUCUCAACAGUGUAAAUAGUGUAAAAGAAAUGGACAGAAUGAAUUAUAGGUUUACUAGUCCAUCGCAUCACGCAAACCCAGUAAAUAUACAAAGUAAACUCGUGAGGAGUAACCUCUCAAAUUUAGGAUCAAAUAUAGUUAACGGGUUUAACAAUCUAGCCGUAUCCAAAAAAACGCCUUCCAAUAAUCCUCUGUUCGAUUAA